AUGGACGACAAUGAUGGCGGUGGAAAGCUUCCAGCAAAGGAUGCUGGGCUCUCAAACUCUGCACUUUCCGUGGGCAUGGCCCUGAUCUUUGUUGGUAAUCUCAUUGCCAGCGAUGAUGGAGAGAGCGUCAAUCUCGCGACCGCGCUGGGCCGCGCAGAUGCGGACCACUUGUGGAUGGUCUUGCUUGGAUUGGCUGCAGAGAAUCCAACUGUGUCUCACUACGAUCUUCUGGUGGCAGCACAAAUUGUGCUGCAAAGGUGGAGUGCGGACCGUGGCGCUUCGACGGCCUUCAAUCCAAGUGCCUUUCGGUUGGCUAUCCAGGACAUGGUUCGUGAAGACGAGGAGACUCCUCCAGGGGCCACGAGGGGUUCUUACAAGUGUGGCCGUUGUCGAGUACCCAAGAAAGGACAUAUUUGCACGUUCGAACCGGUGUUCUUCCGUGGCAUUUCUGAGGAACCAGAAGCAAAUCAUGAUAUGUGGUCUUUGACGAAUGGGUCUUUGCCCGGAUCAUCGGAACCCGACGAUCAGGGCGGCGAACCAUCUGAUAACGACCAUCGUGAGGAAGACGGCGACAACGACGAUGAGUCAGAGGAGUAG